AGUGAGUGGUGAACACGUGUGCACUCGAUGUCAACAAACAGUGAUUGUCUUGUUUUGACACUUGAGUACUGAAUCAGUUGUCAUCAGAUAUGGCCGACGACAAGACCAAAAAGACGUUGAGUUCUAUUCCUCUCCUUAAGACAAAGUCCGGUCCACGAGAUAAGGACUUAUGGCCACAAAGACUCAAAGAGGAAUACCAGUCGUUGAUUCAGUAUGUCCAGCAAAACAAGGAUAAUGACAACGACUGGUUCCGUCUGGAGUCCAACAAAGACGGCACCAAAUGGUUCGGGAAGUGUUGGUUCAUCCAUGAGCUCAUCAAAUAUGAGUUCGACCUCGAGUUCGAUAUUCCGGUGACAUAUCCGACGACAGCGCCUGAGAUAGCGAUUCCCGAAUUGGACGGCAAGACCGCGAAGAUGUAUAGGGGAGGGAAGAUCUGUACAUCCGAUCACUUCAAGCCNUCGACAAUUAAUUCGCCUGAGAUAGCGAUUCCCGAAUUGGACGGCAAGACCGCGAAGAUGUAUAGGGGAGGGAAGAUCUGUACAUCCGAUCACUUCAAGCCAUUGUGGGCCAGAAAUGUACCCAAAUUCGGGAUCUCUCACGCCAUGGCCCUCGGGUUGGGUCCGUGGCUGGCCGUCGAGGUGCCCGACCUCAUCGCUCGUGGUAUCGUCAAAGAGAAGCAAAACCAAUGACAAGUUUUUCGGUUAAUUUGUUUAAAUAAUUUUUAAUUGAAAUGUUUUUGUUGUAAAUUAUUGUUCACAUAAUUAUAUGCACUUUUGAGGUAUGUUUUGGCUCUUUGUGGUCCCAACAGUUCCAAUGUCUCGCCAAUUGGUGAGCCUUUCUAUAAAUGUAUUAAAAAUAAAAAUUAAUUUUAUAUUUAAUAA